AUGACACAAGACUCAUGGGCAGAAUUUUCAAGCUCAAUUACAACCUAUCUAAAAGAAAACACAAUCAUUCAAGAAAUAGACAAUAUUAGCACACUAAACAAACUAUGGCAUGAUCUUAAUCAAGCAAUCAUUAUAGCGGCUAAGAAGAACAUACCCAGAACCAGGACCCAGCCUCGAACAUUCUACACCUUCUCUACUAAAGCCACCAAACUUCAUGCAGCUCUCAAGUGUAUCAACAAACUCAUAAGACAAAUACAAGCAAAUACGCAAUCUCCUACUAAUACUUUAAUACAAACUUACAACAAAGAGAUAGAUUACAUUAACAACAAAACAGAAAUACAAAUCAAUCACAUUAUAUUAGACGACCUAACAUCUACUAACAAGGAGGCACUAAUUAUACUGCUAAAAGCUCAGCAAAGGACGAUAUACCAAGCCAGAAAACUAGAAAACAACCUCGCCCACCAAAGUAAAAUAAAUGAAUACAUCAACAAAAGAUAUAAUGACCUCAACAACAAUACUACUCAUAUGAUCAACAGCAUACUAAAAAGACAUACAGACCCA